AUGGAGACAAGAAUCAAAAUCAGAUCGAAAAGUUACUGGGAUUCACCCAAUCCAAGCUACGAUCGAAGUAGUGACCUAUUCACUGUCAUUUUGUGGUGUGGUGGUAAAUUCCAGAAGUCCGACUUUGGAGUAUAUGAAGGUGGCCAUAAAAUGGUGUUUGAUUUUGUACCUGCUAAUGAAAUGUCUGAAAAGAAACUAAAAUUGUUUUCCACAAAAUUUGGUGUGGUUGGUGAUAGGAGCUAUUUCAUACAGGUGGGUUUGAGUCUGAGGAGGCUAGAAGGGGAUGAUGAUGUUAGGAUUUGGGCAAAGUCCCACUUAUCUGAAAGGGAGUUUAAUGUAUUUGUGGAAGUUUUCAACACUUUUGAACCUUCUAGUUUGUCUGUUGAAGGUAGUUGGGUGGAUCUAGAUGAGAGUGACAGUGAUAAUGAGAGUGGGAGUAAGAGUGGGUCUGAGAGUGGGGGUGAUAGUGGAUCUGAGAGUGGGUCUGAGAGUGAGAGUGAGGAUAAUGUUGUUGGUGUAGAGGGUGUUACUCAAGAGGAUAAUAUUGUUGGGGUUGGUAGUGGGAUUAGGAGUCAGAAUGAUGUAAGUGAAACUAAUCUUGAUGUCGAGGAUAAUCUUGUUGGGGUUAACAGAGGAAAAGGUGUUCAUUUGAGUGAUGCUGAGAAUUCUGAGGGUAAUGAGGAUAGUGGACAUUCUACUGAUUGGUAUGAUGAAUUCUUUGAUAGUGAUUAUGACAUGAGGGAUGCUAGUAGUGAUGAUGAUGAUGCAUUAUUCUUUGAGCAUGUAGAUACAGGUGCCAAUGGAGAGGAUGAGUCAGAGUCUAGUGAUAGUGAUAAUGAAGAUGUGGUGUAUGGUGGUGCAAUUUUUGGAACAAAUAGUGCAUCACAGUGGACUCAGACUCUUUUCAUUCCACCUUUGCCUCCUAACUUUGGGAGGGGUGCUGGGAGGCCAUCAAAAGCCAGAAAGAGGGGUCCUGAAGAGCCCAAGAAGAAGAAGUCAAAGAAUUCAGUUAAGAUGUUCAAGCAAGGCUGGAAAGUUACUUGCAAGAAAUGCGGGGUGACUGGUCAUAAUAUGAGGUCAUGUGAUAGAAGAAAAAAGCAAGGUGGCCAAGUUGACAGCAUUCUUCAAAGAAAAAGAGCAAGAGCUUCUAAUAGACAGAAUAAUGCAAACACUAGUCAAUCUAGUACUAGUGUAAAAUUGCAGUUAAGAGGACCAAAUUGUCCUGAGUACCAAAUUCCCAUAGUACCAUCUAAAGCAGGACCAAGCCCCUUUGAACAACUUCAACAGGCAUUGGGUUAUAAGCAUUCUGGUGGCAAAAGAAACUAG